AUGCGUAGUAACCCUCGAAUAUACGGCAGUCAGCAGCAUCCGUAUACCUAUUCACAACAGUUUGUCGGAGAAAGAGAAGAUAGGGAAGUAACGCGAAUCGGAAUUGGCGUUUUAAGACCAAAUUUUACUUACUCGACAUCUUCGACCAAUCAGCAUAAACAAGAGCAGAAUACUACUGGUGACGGCGAAGUUUUCUCGCACUGGGUAGUUCUCAAGAUGAUAAUGGCCGAACGAGCAGCUCAAUGUUUAGCAAAACUCGGUUUGAACACUGCCACAACCACAGCUACUUCUACAAAUAUUCUGCAUGCGCAGACAAGUCAACCUCAAAAUAUCAUUACUACAACGGAUUCAACCGCGAUGGUUUCUGCAAAAGCGAAUGAUUUGAUAACCACAUCCGGACAUCAUCGAAGAUCUCGUAGUUUACGCGAACGCACGGGUGUUGAUCAGCGUCUGGAGCGGUUGCCUAGUGGACCAGUAACAUUACAGAAAUUUACACCACAUACAGUCAUUUCAGGAAGCAAUAUCGAUAAAAGUAGACCGGUACUUGUCAAUAAUUUCGCUGAACAUGUGCGACUGAUGUCAGCUGAUUCUGAUUUUCGAUUUUCUGAAGAAUACGAAGAUCUCAAACUGGUGGGACAUGGACAAACAUGUAUAGCAGCGGAUUUAACAGUGAACCGAGCAAAAAAUCGUUUCACCAACAUAUUACCAUACGACCAUUCUCGCGUAAAGCUCAUACCAAUUGAUGAUGACGAUGGCUCAGAUUACGUUAAUGCUUCUUACAUUUCUGGUUUCAAUUCACGUCGUGAAUUUAUCGCAGCACAAGGACCUCUUCCUUCUACGCGUGAUCAUUUUUGGCGAGUUGUUUGGGAACAACAUUGUCCGGCAAUAAUUGCUCUAACAAAAUGUGUCGAGAAAGGACGUGAUAAAUGUCAUCAGUACUGGCCUGAUAAUGACCAGCUCAGCGUUCUUUAUGCUGACAUUGAGGUGACAUUAAUGAACGAAACGGUAUAUAAGGAGUUCACAGUACGUGAACUUAGAUUAACAAAUAUCAGUGAACCAGUCGCACCUUCUCGAACAGUAAAACAUUUGCAUUAUAUGGCAUGGCCUGAUUUUGGUGUUCCUGAAUAUGCUGCUGGCUUAGUGCGUUUUGUUCGUCUUUUCCGAACUCGACUGCCACCCUCACCUAGCAACAAACCAACCGUUGUUCACUGCAGUGCUGGCGUCGGUCGAAGUGGUACAUUUAUAGCUCUUGAUCGCUUGAUGCAGUGUGCUGCGAAAAAUUUACCGCUCGAUGUUUUUGGCAUCGUUUAUGAGAUGAGGCUUGAUCGUUGUCAUAUGGUGCAAAAUGAGCAGCAAUACAUAUUCAUCCAUCAUUGCUUGCUCUAUGUUUUGGAAACGCAAUAUGACAUGACUACAAAUUUGAUAGGUAAUAGUCUGUCGCAAGUUGGAAGUAACCAAGGAACUACAACUUUUCUCAGUGAUAACGUUGUUAUCGACUUUCCAAACAGUAUCACCAGUAACGACGUUGGGAACAACCUAAGUGCAGGGAUCGCAGAAAAUGACAUUCAAAUAAUAAGCAGUAAUGGGAGCACCACAUUUAUUGGAACUGGACUUCAACAUCAACCAGAUGCCACAUGGAUUACCCCUCCUCGUGUCGAAGUACAUCUGAAUCCAGCAUUCGAUGAUGAUGAAGGUAUUGCUGAAUCUGGCUUGUAA